GAAAGAACAGAAAUCUUUGUUCCCUGACUUUGGAAACCUUGUUUAACCUUCAAACUGGCGAUGUCAAGGGUUCCAAGUCCUCCACCUCCGGCAGAAAUGUCGAGUGGCCCUGUAGCUGAGAGCUGGUGCUACACUCAGAUCAAGGUAGUGAAAUUCUCCUACAUGUGGACCAUUAAUAACUUUAGCUUUUGCCGGGACGAAAUGGGUGAAGUCAUUAAAAGUUCAACCUUUUCAUCAGGAGCCAAUGAUAAACUGAAAUGGUGUUUGCGAGUAAACCCAAAAGGGCUAGAUGAAGAAAGCAAAGAUUACCUGUCACUUUACCUGUUACUGGUCAGCUGUCCAAAGAGUGAAGUUCGGGCAAAAUUCAAAUUCUCCAUCCUGAAUGCUAAGGGAGAAGAAACCAAAGCUAUGGAGAGUCAACGAGCUUAUAGGUUUGUGCAAGGCAAGGACUGGGGAUUCAAAAAAUUCAUCCGUAGAGAUUUUCUUUUGGAUGAGGCUAACGGGCUUCUCCCUGAUGACAAGCUUACCCUCUUUUGUGAGGUGAGUGUGGUACAAGAUUCCGUAAACAUUUCUGGCCAGAAUACCAUGAAUAUGGUGAAGGUUCCUGAAUGCCGGUUGGCAGAUGAGUUAGGAGGGCUGUGGGAGAAUUCCCGGUUCACAGACUGCUGCCUGUGUGUUGCUGGCCAAGAGUUCCAGGCUCACAGAGCUAUCUUAGCAGCACGUUCUCCAGUUUUUAGUGCCAUGUUUGAACAUGAAAUGGAGGAGAGCAAAAAUUGUUCCAUAUCAUCAUGA